GCCUCACUACUAAGAACUUCAUCCAAGACAGAUUUGUUCAUGCUUCCAGUGUUUUCUUUUAGUUCAUUCAUCAGAAACAAAAAUCAAGAAAUGCCUCACUCCAUAAACACAGGACUGAUUCUUGGCAUCAUGGUGGGGACGACUAGUGUCAGCUUGCUUCUUUUGUGGUACCACAAGAUCCGCAAACCCAGGAUAGCAGUGAACUUACCGAAACUUCUUUCGUGGGACAGUCUCUUGGAUUCAAUGACAUCACAAGAUGAACUAUGUAAUGGCCAUGGCCCAGCAGUCGUCUUCCAAGGCAGUCAACGUCAGACACUGGAGAAGUUGAAUGAAUUACUAAUAAAUCUGGAAGAACUCAAAGAGGAAAUAAGAUUUCUUAGAGAAGCCAUUUCAAAGCUGGAAGGAUGUGUUCGAAGUGAACUUGGGAGGAAGGUGGCUGUUCACCGGGCGAGUCCUCAGCAUCGUGCUAGAAAGAGAAGAGUGGCCACAGGUCAAAGUGCAGCAGCAAGGAGCAAUAGUUCGGAGGAAGCAGAGAGUGAAGGAGGCUGCUGCCACGGGGACCAGCAAUUCCACCUACAUUCUAUUGAAGAGCAAAUUCUCGCUGAUCGCCAACACCAUCGAGCCACUUCUGUUUCUCACUCCAGUGCUCCGCCUGGAUAUUUAGCCGUUCACCCUCUGGAGACACACAGAGUCAGCUCAUCUGAAAGAAGUCAUAGUUUCCCGAAGCAACCAAAUGCCUCUCCUCACCCGUCUUUCUUUGGAAGAAAACAUUCUUUAUUUUCAAAAUGUAGGAAGAGCCAUCCUUCCCUUUAUAAGCAGCCAAGUCGAGUUAACUUUGAUUCUCAAAUAAGCUUCAACAAUUUAAACUCUUCCACAAACCUUUAUGGAGCUAGGAACCAAAGCGUUUACACUGCCCCUAGACUAAGUAUCAUUUCCUGUUACCACAGUGCGACGCUUUUUGAUAUUCAUCCAACGCAUUCGAAACAUUUUGCUGUAAAUGAAAUUGGAGUAUUUUCUAGAGUCCCAGACACUGCAAAGACUCAAAAAUAUGCAAGAUUCACUAAUCCUCUGUGUAACAGACAACCUUUUAUGAACCCUGAAACAAGAGACACUUCAGCCUUUGGAAGUAUUGAUGAAACCGCUUAUUGCCAAAACACAGGAGUCUUGUUUUCUUAUCCAAUUGUUUCUUCUUUGAAUUCAGGAAAUAACAUUGCCACCAAUAUUCAAGAACAUCGGCAAUUAAGUAAAGAUCCCACGGGUUCCCUUUACUCUGACUCUCAAAGACAUCAUCCAAGUGACUCAUCUUUGAGCGAGGCAUUUUCUUCCGUUUGUAAAUGCAAUGGUUGGUUUACCCCAGGUCAAAGUGCAAUCACCCUCUCAACCUUUGAAGAUGGAAACGUUGCUGACUCACCUGGCCAUGAAUGCAGCUAUCCACCGAUGGAAAUUCCUAAGACAAGGUAUGUUACAGCCAAUACUGACACAGAAGAACAGGGUUUUCCGGUCCCUCAGGCAUUGAACACACACGCAGAGAAACUGAACUUAGAAGCCCUUCUUCAGAAGGCAGAUCACUUACGUACGGCCGAGUCUGGCAAGGUGGAGAGCUUUGAACUGCUUUGUGACCAUAAAGAAAAGUUUAAAGAAGAAAUAGAGUUUAUUUGGCGGCUAACUCGUGCUUACGCGGACAUGUAUGAUUUAUCUACAAAUACACAAGAAAAGAAACAUUAUGCUAAUAUUGGAAAAACUUUGGGUGAGAAAGCUGUUAAUAAAGCACCCAUGAAUGGAUAUUGUCAUAUGUGGCUUGCAAUUUUGUGCGGCUAUGUAUCCGAGUUUGAGGGUCUACAAAACAAAGUCAACUACGGCCAUCGCUUUAAGGAACAUCUUGAAAAAGCAAUCCAAUUACUACCUGAAGAACCUCAUUUGUAUUACCUCAAAGGAAGAUACUGCUAUACUGUCUCAAAACUGAACUGGAUUGAGAAAAAAAUGGCUAUUACUCUGUUUGGAAGAGUACCAACAUCAACCAUUGGAGAAGCUUUAUACAAUUUCCUUAAGGCUGAAGAACUGCAUCCUGGGUAUUCCAAGUCCAAUUACUUCUAUUUGGCGAAGUGCUGUCUAGAUCUUAAUAAGAAGAAGGAUGCUUUGGAGUUCUGUAAAUUGGGAUUAUCACUUUCUUCAGUUACCAAAGAGGAUAAAGAAAUACAGAAAGCAAUAGAAAAUAUUAUCACCUCCUUGAAGAGAUAAAUAAAAGAACUUACUCUCCAAAAAAUCAGAUGUGGUCUACUAAAAUUUAAGCUAAUCAAAUUUGUGGGGGCUUUUUUAUCCUUUUUAAUUUUCAUGUAAGGGUAAUAUGUUCAGAUUUGAAAGUAAAAAUCAAAAUUCUGAAAAAUUAAUUCCAGUAAUAGCACUACAGAACUAAUCAUGUUCCACUUACUAUCAAAAAGAUCUAUAAGCAUGUAUGCUUUUUAUUUUCACUAUCAAUAAACCAUAGUCUUCAGAAUAUUUGAAUAAAAUAAAUCAGACCAAUGAAAUGAA